AUGACCGCCCGAUCGGCACCGGUUCAGAUUUUCCCAGGCAAGGGCCUAGGCUUCAUCAGCAUGUUUCCCUCCCCCAAGUCCUUGACCUAUAAGGCUGUGGACAAGGUAGCUAAUCGUUGCGCAGCACUCGGUGCCUCUCUACACAACGUCCUGACUCGCGUCAAGUCUCACCCCCAAACAUACCCCGAGAUCGACCUAGCAUAUUCCUCGACGGACCCUCUUCGCAACCCUGUCAUCUUGAAGUUGCCUGCCAACGGCUUGCGAUUACGGUUCGACGGACCCGACCAGAGAUUACGUUUGAUCGAGGUGUUAGACUUCUCGCGGAGCAGUUUGGUAUAUAAGAAUCAGGAUGUGCUGAAGGGGGCUAAGUCGACCGAAGCGUCCUCCACCACCUCUCAAGGUCCCGGCUUUCGGCAUGUCUACAACCGCCUCUUCGGGCCCUCCUAUCCAGGCGAAUACAUCGAGCCAGCCGAGAAUCAGUCACAAUACGGCACAUAUGUACUAUCAUACCCAGGUGUAUCGUUCUCAUUCCCUCUUCAACAUUCCGCAUGGUCCGACUCGUGUGACUUUGUAGCACUACUUUCAUCCUCCGCUGCACUGCCAGCAACAUCCAUGGCCAUUUUCCAAGGGUCUUCAUGGCCCGAGGUUCGCGCCAAGUUGUUCACUCAGCAGCCCCAGUAUCCGCGCUCCUCUGCCGUGGUCAGCAAGACUCGCGACGCAUUUGCUGACGAAGUCGAAGAGUUCCAUAUUCUGGGUGCCGGGAGGUUAGAAGUAGAGCGACGGAAUAAUCCACCAGCACAGAUCAUCCUGGGGGAGACCACCCCUCAGGAUAUGAUUGCCGAGUUCGGUCCUCCCGAUGCCAUCUACCGUAAACAUGACCGGCGGAUAUCGAUCCACCGCGCAACGGGCAGUGGUGGCACGGGGGAUCCUCUGCAUAUGAGUCCAUCGCCUGGGACAGGAAUCGAGAUUCCAGAUACUGACCACUCCUCCAAUAACAGCGUAACUGAUGACUCGGAUGAGGAAAUAUCUCCAAAUAGCAUCAGUGAUCCAACCUCACUGCCUGCCGAAUGUUUCUUCAACUACUUUCAUCAUGGAUUCGAUGCAUUCAUUUCUUAUCCAACAACCCCAGGGCCUGCAUUCCCUCAAUCAGGGAUUCCAGAGCCCUCUUCUCAGCCUUCUCUACCACAACUGACCGUAACGAAGAUCAUUUUGCAUGGAAAUGUACCAGGAUCAUACCCGUUCAACCGUCAUCGUCGCAGUCGGUGGACCAUACACCUUGACCAGUCCGAUGACGGUUUAACCUCCGAGUCCUCCUACGAUGACAUUUCUAAGCGAUUGCACGAUGUUUGGAAGGGCUCGAAUGCCAGCCCGGAAGAGCAGCGAGUCAUGCAACGGCCAAUGGUUCUGAACCGCGGCUGGGGUGACAGUCCUGAGAGCAGUGUCGAGUUCCUCGGUGGGUGGGAAGAGACCACAGCCCGAGGACAGCGAAACGGCCCCGACGGACAUGAUGGCGGACUAGGCAAUACUGAACUCUUUGGGUUUCCAGGGUUGUUGUUCGAGGUAUUGAAGAACGGCGCGGUGAGCUGCCUCACGGUUUAUUAG